AUGUCCCCAGCCACAGGCACAGCACACCUAAAGCGUCCUUAUAAAGGUGGUGGCGCUCUAAAGGCUCGAAAUCGUGUCAAAGAAGAGCUUGAAAGCGAGAAAAAGCCAAUUCACCAAGCACCAGACCCGCAAUUCUUCCACAACAUGACCACAGCCACAGCACACGCAAAGGUUCCUUAUGUGGGUGGUGGCGCUUUCACCGAACGACUUCUGGCCAAUAAAGCACUUGAAAGCAAGCGAAAGUUGCGAGUGUUGAUGGGCAUGUUGCUUGAAGCCAUAGUAUCGUCAACACAAGAGCUUGAAGCUGAUGAUGAGGAUGAGUGGGAGAAUGUCGGCGAUGAUGAUGAGGAAGAGUGGGAGGAUGUGGGGGAUGACGGAGAAUGGGAGGAUGUCGACGAUGACGAGGAGUUGGAGGAUGUCGACGAUGAGAAUGAUUGGGAAGAUAUCGACGAUGAAGAGGAUGACGAUCUCUCAAACGACAAUUCUUCAGAUGACUCCUUAGACUUCUCAGACCCCUCACACUCCUCACACCCCUCCUCUAACCCCUCCAUAUUCCUAUCCUCCUUCCUAUCCAACAACCCCCCUACCAAAGACUACCCCCCAAUCGGCCACCUAUCCUUCGCUACCAUCGAAGAAGCCCGCACCGCCUACUACUCAACGUUAUCCCAGGUAGAAAACCUCCUCGUAAAGUGGUAUCACAAGGACGAUGUAACAGCACUUGUCAAGACCUUGAUCGAAUCUGCCCAGGCGUCGUAUGCCGAGCAGGAGGAGUUUUGGAAGGAUAGGCGCAUAGUUCAGGAGUGGUUCGAUGGUAUAGAUGAGUGA